AUGAUGAAAUCGAUAUCUUUAUUCGCGAUUCUUCUUCUCCAUCUCUUUAUUAGUAGUAAUAGUCUCCGAUUGGAUCUCUUCAACUAUGUAGCAAGCGGGUCAACCAUACCGGAUUGUUCGCACGCGUGUGGACCAUGUAGACCAUGCAAGCUCGUUGUGAUCACUUCCAAAUGCUCCGGCUCCGAGGCUUGCCCUGUCGUCUACAAGUGCUUGUGCAAAGGCAAAUACUAUCACUUCCAGUCUCUGACAAAGUCUCUUCUUACUGCACGGCUUCGCACUAACCGUGGCGAGGCUCCUUCUGUUAUUAGAUUACCUGCCUGGAAAUUGGGUUGUGGUGUUACCUUUGAGGAUGAUGCAGGGAAAGUGUUUGAUCUUGCAGCUUGGAUAAGGGAUUUCCUUGUGAGGCAGCUUGCAAUCACGGAGCAUCUUCCUUCAUUGUCUGAGCUAGAAACAGAGUAG